AUGCGAUCAGUUUUAGUUGGUGAAAAAGGAUCAUUAACUAUCGUUAAUGAUACUCCAUUACCAUCACUUAAAACUGGCCAAAUCUUAAUUAAGGUUGCAGCUUGUGGUGUCAAUCGGAUGGAUUUAUUGCAAAGAUAUAAUAAGUAUCCUGUUCCCGUUGGAGAGAGUGAAAUCUUAGGUGUUGAAGUGGCCGGUACCAUUGCUGAGAUGGACGAGGAGGCUUUACAUCAUUCCAAUUUCAAGGUUGGCGAUCGCGUGUGUGCAUUAGUUGGAGGAGGUGGAUAUGCAGAUUUUUGUGCGUCUCCUCAUCAAACAGUGAUGCCGAUACCUAGAUCCAUGAGCUUUGUUGAAGCUUCCGCAAUACCUGAAGCUUUUUUAACUGCUUAUGCUGCUAUGUUCCUCAGUGCUAAAUUAAAGAAAGAUGAGUCUAUACUUAUUCAUGCUGGUGCCAGUGGUGUUGGCACUGCCGCCAUACAACUCGCUAAAGAAUUUGGUAACAAAGACAUUUUCGUUACUGCAGGAUCCGAGAAAAAGCUAGCAAUGUGCCGAGAACUUGGUGCAACUACAUUAAUUAAUUAUAAAACACAUGACUUUGCCGAAGUUGUUAGACAUACUACUAAUAAAAGGGGUGUUGAUGUAGUCGUUGAUUUUAUUGGCGCUUCUUACUGGGAAAGGAAUAUUAAAUCCUUAGCUUUGGAUGGCCGUUUAGUUCUACUAGGCUUGCUUGGAAAUACUGCAACUGAUGGCAUCCACUGUAAUACUGGCUUAAUAUUGGCCAAACGAUUAACAAUUAUUGGAUCAACUCUAAGGAAUCGAGAUAUAAAUUACAAAAGCAAUCUUAUUCUUGAUUUUACACGUAGUACAGUGGAUGGCUUUCAAAAAGGCAGAUUAAAGCCAGUUCUAGAUAGCACUUAUACAAUUGAAGAGGUGGAAGCUGCUCAUGACCGGAUGCUGCGAAAUCUAAACAGUGGAAAAAUUGUACUUACUAUGUAG